AUGGCUGCUGAAGCUCGUGGUCGCUUGGAGCCUGCCCUGGCCAGCCGAACCCCACGCCGCUGUGGACACGAGGUCGCCUCCACCAAAGUGGAUCUGCGACACAACCGGCCCGGCUGCUCUGUCGCUAGGGCCCUCUCUAGCGAUGUCGACCUCUAUGUGCUUUUGGACCUCGUUCUCGACCUGUUGGACGCCCUGCACAACCAGUUCAGCAAGCACCUCUCCCACAUGGGUCACUUCGACAUCCUUGAACUUCAUGGAAAAUGGCACUGCCGUAUGGACACCGCGGACACCCGGCCAUGGGGCGAUUCCCUGGACAUCUUGGACAUGCGGAUGCAUGGCCGGCUUUCCUGGGGCGCCAUUCUGGACUACCUGUACAACAACCUCGACGAGCACGUUCUGGACUACCUGCACAACAACCUCGACGUGUACGUUCUGGACUACCUGUACAACAACCUCGAAAAGUCCGAGCACACUGCGUCCUUUGGGGUCCCAUGGGAAUGCCUGGAUCACAAUAUCCUGGACACCGUGGACGACCAGCAUGGCCGGAUCAUCGUUGGCACUGUUCUGGACUACCUGUACAACGACCUCGAUGAGCACGUUCUGGACUCCUUGUACAACAACCUCGACGUGUACGUUCUGGACUACCUGUCCAACAACCUCGACUGGGGCGCCGUUCUGGACUACCUGUACAACAACCUCGACGAGAACGUUCCGGACUACUUGUACAACAGCCUCGACGAGCACGCUCUGGACUACCUGUACAACCGCCUCGACAAGUACGAGCACACUAUGUCUUCUGGGGACCCCUGGUAA